UUUCACAAUAAAAAUGUGGUUUUCCGAGAAUUUAAAGAUCCGCUUGACAAUGAUGACAAGGAGACCGCGCCUGAUCCGCUAUGGCUUCGUCGACACCACGUUUGGCCGCAUGCUAAUGGGAGUGGUUUCCUUGGACGAUAUUCAGAGCGAAGCUCAAGACGCCAUUUGUCUACUGUAUUUCGUGAUGGAGAACGACCAAUACACUCUCGACGAGGCGAUAAGUCGCUCGCACGGUGCGAAGAUGGAGCAGGACAGUGCCACCAUCCAGAAGUGGGCCUACAAGCUUUUCUCGGCUGGCAAGGACGCGGAAUGUUUGAUCGACGUUGCUAUCAUUGGGACACAAUUCGAGACGGCUGUUUGGUCCGCUCUGCUGGAGGUGAAGAGUGGUCAGACGUACACAUACUUGCAGCUGGCGACGCAGAUGGGUCGCCCCGAGGUCGUGCGCUCGCUGGCCAGUGCAGUGGGCCGGAACCAGGUGGCCAUUCUCAUACCCUGCCACCGCAUUGUGUCCAAGAACGGGGACUCCAAGUACUACUGGGGCGGCAAGCUCAAGCAGGAACUGCUCAGCUUCGAGGCUAAAAAAUAGAUUGUUAUAACAAACAUGAUUAAAAAUUGUUAUAUUUUGUUUAUUGAAA